AUGAUGGAUAUUUUGAAGUUUCUAAUUAUUGUUAAUAAUGCUAACUUCCAUGUACAAAAUGUCGAAUUUCAAAUAAUUAUUGUCUUGAAUGUUUAGACCCAAAUCAUGAUUUGA